UAUAAGAAGCACACGUUCUUUAUAUUUUUCUUACUAGUGUGAACUGAAACGUUAAAUUUGCAACAAAGCAAUAUUCACUGGCACUACACCCAUAAAAUACAAAUUUAUUAAAAAUAAUAUAAAUACCCUUUAUAAAAAAGUUAUUAUAUGUACUACCGGGAAAACUGGUAAAUUGCAAUGAUGCAGAUUCCUGACUUAUCACCCGAGGACAUUCGAAAAUACAUGAAAGAAUGCCUCAUAGAAAAUAAUUUGGAUUUAGGUUUGAUGGACAGUCAAAAGAAAGGUGUCAAGGGUCCUACUGAAAAAGAAGAAGGAUGUUUUUUGGCUUGCAUGGAUAAGAAAAUGGGAUUAAUGAAGGAUAACGGGUCUUACAACGAGGACAUUUUUUUGUCUGGUGCACAGUCACCGGAGCACAGAUCCGAAAUGAAGCGAAAAUUCGAUGCAACCAUGAAAAAAUGUAAAAUUGAAGCUAUCGAUGAUGUGUGCAAGUUCGCGGCCUGCGUCAAUAGACAACCUUAUGAUCUCCUGCCGAGAUCGACCGAGAAAGAAAUAAUUCGCGCCGAAGGCGAGCUGAAUCGAAAAGCAGGGGAUGGAGCCAUAUAUGCCAGUACAGUGGAAAUUACGAGCUUCAAAGGAGGGAGCUUAUUACAGGAGACGAGGUGCCAGACGCGGGAUAUCUUGUAA